CCAUCGCAGCAUCGCACGAGCACAGUCACAGACCACCACCGCACCCCCACUCUCCCCCGUCAUCUCCCGCAUAAAUCCUCACACCCCGCCCAACACAAAAUGGCCGACGUCAAGGACCCCAAGAUCGCCGAGGCUUACGAGCUUGUCCGUUCCGACAAGAGCGACGAGACCUGGCUCCGUCUCGACUACGAGUCGGACAAGUCGGACAAGCUCGUCCUCAGCGAAACCGGCACUGGUGACCUCGACGAGUUCACCUCCAAGCUCGACCCCGCCAAGGCGUCGUUCGGCUUUGUCCGCGUCAAGUACGCCAACGACGAGCACUCGUUCCGCGAGAAGUUUACCCUCGUGACCUGGAUCGGCGAGAACGUCAAGAUCAUGCGCCGGGCAAAGGUCUCGGUCCACACGGCCGACGUCAAGUCGAUCAUCCGCUCGUACUCGAUCGAGGUGUCGGCCUCGACGCCCAAGGACCUCGAGGUGGACGAGGUCGUCCAGCGCUUGCGACGUGCCGGCGGCGCCAACUACGACCGCUCCAAGUUUGACUAGGCGAGGACCGGUCUAGAGGGCGCGGCGGCUGUGCCAUCCUGUGCCGCCGGCCGGUGGCUUCGGUCAGACGCCGACGUAGAUGUUGAGGAGCUGGGCCGAACAUUGCCCGGUUCUGUUGUAGAGGGUGCCGGUGUCUAUGCAUGCCAGUGC